AUGUUCUUUUCGACCGCACGUACUGCAGCAUCCCGUGCCGCCAUUGCUCGUCGUACUUAUGCUACUAAGCAAGCCGGCGAAUCUUUUCCUGAAGAAUCCUUCAACUCUAGCAUUUGGAGAAACACCGUGAUUGCCGUUGCUGCAGGUGCUCUUUGGCUUCGUUUCGAUAACAGCUCUGAGGACAACAAGCACUUGUUCACCAAGUGGAUCGAAGGCCUUAUGACCUCCUCGGAAAAGAUGGAUAGCCUUAGCAAUGAAGCUUUGGCUCAAGCUGAAAAGCUCGCGGAAUACAGACUCAUUGCUCAAGAUGCUCAACGUGCACCUAUCUAUCGCAUGCGUUAUCCCGAAGGAUUUGAGCGUGCCAGUCCCCGUGGUUUGAUUGCCGGUCAACAGGCUGAUCUUUCUGAUCUCAAGGUGCGCACUGAUUAG